GAGGAGGAAGGCUGCAUUUAUCAGUCUGUGACUGUUAGUGUGAGAGGGAGCAUCUGGGGGAACAAUAAACUAGGCUAGGAUCCCACCACGGCCAGUAAAGCCACACAGAAAGCCUCUCUAAUUGCAGUCUUUUUGUCUCACGCUUUUCUUUUUCUUUCCUUCACUUUGUCCGGUUCCUGGUCUCCCCUCACAGCGGCGUUCAGCUUUGCACUACAAUGUCAGGCUCCCCUGCAGGAGGCACACCAAGGUUAUGCUGCCCAAAAGCUGUCUGAGUCCGAGUGAGAAAGAGAAGGGCUGAAGCCACACCGUUCCCUAAACCUGUUUGCUAUCCAGACAGCCACAGCACCAGCACCCAUUCCACAGAGGAGAGGAGCCAUGAGCAACCCCAAUGAACCCAGCAAUGUUACAGACGCCUUGGCAUCAGUCAUCCACAUCCCGGAGGCGCCGUCAGCCUCGUCCAUGCGAGGAGCGGUUGAGGAGGAUGAAGGGGACCUGAACAAAUCCCUGGGGGUCCAGCGCUUUCAGCAGAUCCUCAGUUCCGCCCCCAGGGUCCCCGGCGAGCAGCACCGCACCUACAACGAGGAGGACUUUGAAUACCACCGUCACUCCUCGCACCACAUCCACCACCCCCUGUCCAAGCUGCCCUCCGAUGGGAGGAGGAAGAAGAGCGGCAAGAAGAAAAAGAAGGAAAGAGAGCGCAAGGACAGUUCCGGCCCAACCAGCAACACCGCCAUUGAGGAAGAAGAGGAUGAGGAAGAUGAUGAGGAAGAGGGUGGAGAGAGCCACACCCAUCUCUCUGAGACAGAUUGUGACACCGUCAAAGAAGACGUACAAUUCUUUCUGUCAGAUGAAGAUCACCUGGCCACACCUACCACAGACAGCCCCCACCCUGCCCGAGGGAUGGAGGUUGUGCCUCAGUCGGCCGUGGGCACCGAACCUGAAGAUGCCGCCUCCACCGAAAAGCCCUGUCCGACCUUGUCCAGCAGUGACCCAUCCGACCCUGCCUCUCUGACCCGCAUAGCCAGCCGCAGCUACGACCUGCAGGAGCGCCGGCGUACGGGCAACAUGACUGGCACCGAGCAGGCCAAGUACCAUCGCAUCCCCACGGAUGAGAGUGAGGCGCAGACCCUGGCCUCGGCCGACUUGGACGGCAUUAAGAGCCAUCGUUUUGAGGAUGUCCCUGGGGUACGGAGACACCUGGUCAGAAAGAGCACCAAGGGCCAAGUUGUGCAUGUCGGCAAGGACCACCAGGAGACCAGCAUACGCAGUCAAAAAAAGGACCGGACCCCACAUGAGGUGUUUGUGGAGCUGAACGAGCUGAUCAUGGAUAAGAACCAGGAAAUGCAGUGGCGGGAGACAGCGCGUUGGAUCAAGUUUGAGGAGGACGUGGAGGAGGAGACGGAUCGCUGGGGCAAACCCCACGUGGCCUCGCUCUCCUUCCGCAGCCUGCUGGAGCUCCGCAAGACCAUCUCCCACGGGGCGGUGUUGUUGGACCUGGACCAGAAGACUCUGCCUGGCAUCGCCCACCAGGUGGUGGAGCAGAUGAUCAUCUCAGACCAGAUCAAGGCUGAGGACCGCGCCAACGUGCUCCGAGCCCUGCUUCUCAAACACAGUCACCCAAGCGACGAGAAGGAGCACAGCCACAACCCCUUCCCCAGGAACAUCUCUGCGGCCAGCCUGGGCAGCCUGCUGCCUCACCACCACAGCUCCAACCACAUCCACCAGCCAGAGCCCUCCGUCACAGAGCCCCUCAUGGGCUCGGCCAGCUCGGCGGAGCAGGAGACGCGCGUCGACGUGGAGAAGAACGACGUGCAGCAGAAGGAGUCGACUCCAAAUAUUGGCAUGCACAGGUCCAAGUCCAAGCAUGAGCUUAAGCUGCUGGAGAAGAUUCCAGAGAACGCUGAGGCCACUGUUGUCCUUGUGGGCAGUGUGGACUUCCUGGAGCAGCCCACCAUGGCGUUUGUCCGGCUGCAGGAGGCGCAGGAGCUGGACUCUGUACUGGAGGUCCCCGUGCCCGUCAGGUUCAUCUUCGUCCUGCUGGGACCCUCCAGCACCAACAUGGACUACCACCAGAUCGGACGCUCCAUCUCCACACUCAUGUCUGACAAGCACUUCCAUGAGUCGGCCUACCUGGCGGAUGACCGUCAGGACCUGCUCAACGCCAUCAACGGCUUCCUGGACUGCAGCAUCGUGCUGCCCCCCUCAGAGAUGGGCAGUGAGGAGCUGCUCCACUCAGUCUCUCGCUUCCAGAAGGAGAUGCUCCGCAAGAGGGAGGAGCAAGGAGCCCUGCUGGCCAAGGAGCCCAAAAGCCAGGAGGAGAAAGAGGCCCUUCUAUCGCCCGGGAAGCCGGGAGACGACCCCCUGCAGCGUACGGGACGCCCCUUCGGCGGCCUGAUCCGGGACGUGAAGCGCCGCUACCCAAAGUACGCAAGCGACUUCAAGGACGCGCUGAACGCCCAGUGCGCGGCGGCCGUCAUAUUCAUUUACUUCGCCGCUCUCUCCCCAGCUAUCACCUUCGGAGGCCUCCUGGGUGAGAAGACUGAGGGUCUGAUCGGUGUGUCUGAGCUGAUCGUGGCCACAGCACUCCAGGGCAUUCUCUUCUGUCUCCUGGGGGCCCAGCCGCUCCUGGUGGUGGGAUUCUCUGGACCCCUGCUCGUCUUUGAAGAGGCCUUCUACUCUUUCUGUAAGGGGAAUGGGGUUGAAUACCUGACGGGCCGGGUGUGGAUCGGCUUCUGGCUCAUCAUCAUCGUGGUGAUAAUGGUGGCCUUGGAGGGCAGUUUCCUGGUUCGCUUUGUCUCGCGCUUCACCCAGGAGAUCUUCUCCUGUCUCAUCUCACUCAUCUUCAUCUUCGAGACCUUCUCCAAGAUAGGCAAGAUUUUCGUGGAGCACCCGCUGCAGCGCUGUUCCUCUGACAACAGCACGGCGGAGAACUCCACAAUGGAGAAUAGCCCCCUGGAGCUGUUGCUUGGCAACGGCACCAUUUCGGUGGUGCCGGUGAAGGUCUGGAGGGAACCCAACACAGCACUGCUCUCCCUGGUGCUCAUGUCUGGAACCUUCUUCAUUGCAUUCUACCUGCGCAAGUUCAAAAACAGUGCCUUCUUCCCCGGCAAGCUGCGUAGGAUCAUUGGGGAUUUCGGGGUCCCCAUAGCCAUCCUCAUCAUGGUCCUAGUGGACUACAGUAUACGUGACACGUACACACAGAAACUGAGUGUGCCCAGUGGCUUCUCUGUGACUAGUCCUGAGAAGCGUGGCUGGGUGAUCAACCCCCUGGGCAUGGACACCCCGUUCCCCAUCUGGAUGAUGUUCGGCAGCAUGCUGCCCGCCCUGCUGGUCUUCAUCCUCAUCUUCAUGGAGACACAGAUCACCACGCUGAUAGUGAGUAAGAAGGAGCGGAUGCUGGUUAAGGGUUCUGGCUUCCACCUGGACCUGCUGGUGAUCGUGGUAUUAGGGGGCACCUCGGCCCUGUUCGGCCUGCCCUGGAUGGCCGCCGCCACCGUGCGCUCCGUCACGCACGCCAACGCCCUCACAGUCAUGAGCAAGGCAGUCGCCCCAGGUGACAAGCCCCGCAUCCAGGAGGUCAAGGAGCAGCGGGUCACAGGGUUGCUGGUGGCCAUCUUAGUAGGCCUUUCCAUCGUGAUCGGAGACCUCUUGCGUCAGAUCCCCAUCGCUGUGCUGUUUGGCAUCUUCCUCUACAUGGGUGUGAUGUCACUCAACGGCAUCCAGUUCACCGAGCGCCUGAUGCUACUGCUGAUGCCCCCCAAGUACCACCCAGACCACACCUACGUCCGCAAGGUGAAAACGCUGCGGAUGCACCUGUACACGCUGAUCCAGCUGGUGUGUCUGGCAUCGCUGUGGGCCGUCAUGUCCACCGUGGCUUCGCUGGCCUUCCCCUUCGUCCUCAUCCUCACCGUGCCCGUUAAGAUGUUUCUGUUGUCACGCAUCUUCACCACCCGAGAGAUGCAGUGUCUGGAUUCUGAUGACGCAGAGCCCAUCUUUGAUGAGAGAGAGGUCCAUGACGAGUACUCAGAGAUGCACAUGCCUGUGUGACCCACACCAUCAUAUGCCUACCUAUUGCUGGAUUCAUCCCGCAGUGGCCAAACCAACCUGCCAAUCACUCUACCAGCCAAUGAGAAGCCUGUCCAAGGGAAAACCCUAUAUACCCAAUUGACAGACCUUCAGACCAUCAUUGAGCUCUGUUGGUCCUGGCUUCCAUUGAUUUAACCACACCUGACCGAAGGGCAAAGAUGUCGUCUGCAGGCUUGGUUCCCUUUCAAUCUCAUUCACUUGGACAGAGUUCAAUUGGAUGCCAUGAAUGAUUCAACGUUUUCAUGACAACAUACAAGCUGCCUCAUGAUGACACACAGCAGCAAAUGGAGACCCAUUAUAGGGGGCAUAUCAUGUCAUCGGAAGGGGUUAGGGGUCGGAGCACUUUGUGGCGUUAGGGAUGAAUACCGACUGAAAGGUCCAACCAGUUCAGCAUAUUUAUUUUAUUCAUCAUCCAUGUUUUUAUAUAUUGCUACAUAUUUUUUUAAAUAUCAGUGGAGGAGAGGUUAAAAUUGUGCUAUAUAGAUUUAUAAUUUCAAGGUUUAUUCCAAUGACAUGAGAUAUAUAUAUAUAUUAGUAAGUUGUUUAAGACACAAUGAUACAUUUUUCAACCCUGAGAGGGUGCGCUGAUUCACAUUGAAUGUGUGGAUGAUUACAUAUGGGAUACAUUCCUUGAGUCAAUAUAUUUUAAAAUAUUGAUAUUUGAUUUUGUUCUCUUUUUAUGUUUAGCUCUUUUAGCUCACUAAGCGCCUUAUUAAGAAGACGAUAACUGUACUGAGGAACGUUGUAGAUGUUGCCUUAUUUGUUUUAAACGGCUGUAAUUUCAACAGCCACUUUUAAGCUCUGAGCACUUUUUAAGACACCAAAUUUGAAUAUUUGUUUUUGUGUAAUAUUAAAUUAGUGUUUCAUAUUUGCCUUUAGGUGUCUUAGUAUUUGAUAGACUAAGCUGUGUAAAAUAAAUACAUAGAAAUGUAAGGCAUCUAUCUCCAUACCAUUCCAUUAGCUAGUACGGAAGGAGUCCGAUUUUUAUGUUUCCAAACAAUUACAAAGGAGACCUGCUCCGACUGAUAUCAAGCUAAUAAGGUAGUGGAGUCCAGUGGUUUUACCAGAAGUCAUUACAACACAGUACUUAACAGGUCCGCAGUCAUAGCGGUCUUGUGGAGAUGUGAUGAGAUGUGGGAAUCUGUCUGUGAUUGUGUGGUUUGUUCUGGACAGAGAAAAGAUAUGCAAAAAAAAAUGUUCUUCAGUUAUAAUCACUUGUUUUCAUCCAGUCAUCAUCUGUGCUUAUUUGGCCGCUGUGGUGCCUCAAGCUUAGCGGCAGAGGGGAACCAAAUGUAACCAAAGUACACAUGGUAGUACCAAAUGCUUUCAAAGUACUGUACUGAACGUAAAUGUAACUCUCCCCAAACGUAUUUUUUUAUGUAAAUUGACCGGAACUAUUUGUCCGUCCGUAUAUGUAGUCUUUUCACAUGUAUUUAAGGUACUGAAGUGGGAUCCCAUUUCUCAAGUGCUACACAUUUCUGAAGUACUGUCUACAUGAAAUAGUUAUACAGGUAAAUGCCAAAAUAAUGUAAACACCUGAGUAAAUGAGGGAUACAAAUGAUAUUGAAAGCAGGUGCUUCCACGUGUGGUUCCAGAGUUAAUUAAGCCGAUAACAACCCAUCAUGCUUAGCGUCAUGAAUAUAAAUCGUGGGUGAACUAUUAUUUUGGCUACCAUGGCUUUGCCCUCAUAAGAUGAUAAUGCCCCCAUCCACAGUGCACAAGUGGUCACUGAAUUGUUUGAUGAGCAUGAAAACGAUGUAAACCUUAUGCCAUGGCCAUCUCAGUAAUGCUUAUGGGAGAUUCUGGAGCAGCGCCUGAGACAGUGUUUUCCACUACCAACAAAACACAAAAUAAUGGAAUUUCUUGUGGAAGAAUGGUGUCACAUCCAUCGAAUAGAGUUCCAGACAGAAUCUAUGCCAAGGUGCAUUGAAGCUGUUUGGCUCGUGGUGACCCAACGCCCUAUUAAGACACUUUAUGUUGGUGUUUUCUUUGUGUUCACAAUGAGGGUGAUAAUGCAGAUGCAGUAUAUGUCCUGGGGGGGACAUCUUUGUGUUCUCACUGUCAACCUGUCGGCAUAAAACUUGUACAUUUUUGGGGAAAGGACUUAUUUGUUUCUUUUCUGUGUGAGUGGUUUUAUUUCUUGCCAGACCUCGGCCAUGUUUACAAUUGGCUCAUUCAUCCCCCUCCUCUCCCCUGUAACUAUUCCCCAGGUCGUUGCUGCAAAUGAGAACGUGUUCUCAGUCAACUUACCUGGUAAAAUAACGGUAAAAUAAAAAUAAAUAAAAUGUAAAUAGUUUUAAGUGUGGUCAGAACAAUCGAAUGUGGUUCAGUCAUCUCUGUAUCUUGCCACCUGGUUAAUGAUGUUUCCAAAGUGAGCAAAGGGGUUCAGCAGGUCAAGACCAUUCUCUUGCAACAUUCCAUUUUAUCAUACGUCUAAGGUCAUUUGAGUAAUUAUAUUAUCAAGUGUCAGCUAGAAAGAAAUUCAUUGUCUAAAAUGCAUAAAUGAUACUGUUGGCCAAAUUUCUGUUCAGUCCGUGUAGAGUUGACAAUCACCUUAGUAUUGCCCAUGACACAGGAAUGGCUUGAAGCCUUUUUACAUAUAUUUUUAUUAUAUGUACACGCACAGUACCAGUCCAAAAGUUUGGACACAUCCACUCACUCAAGGGUUUUUCUUUAUUUUUACUAUUUUCUACAUUGUAGAAUAAUAGUGACGACAUCAAAACUAUGAAAUAACACACAUGGAAUCAUGUAGUAACCAAAAAAGUCUUAAACAAAUCAAAAUAUUUUUUAGAUUUUAGAUUCUUCAAAUUAGCCACCCUUUGCCUUGAUGACAGCUUUUCACGCUCUUAUGAUUCACCUUGAAUUCUUUUCCAACAGUCUUGAAGGAGUUCUCACAUGUGCUGAGCAGUUGUUGGCUGCUUUUCCUUCACACUGUGCUCCAACUCAUCCCAAACCAUCUCAAUUGCGUUGAGGUCAGGUGAUUUGUGGAGGCCAGGUCAUCUGAUGCAGCACUCCGCCACUCUCCUUGAUCAAAUUGCCCUUACACAGCCUGGAGGUGGGUUGGGUCAUUGUGAUGUUGAACAACAAAUGAUAGACCCAUUAAGUGCAAACCAGAUGGGAUGGCUUAUCGCUGCAGAAUACUGUGGUAGCCAUGCUGGUUAACUGCCUUGAAUUCUAAAUAAAUCAGACAGUUUCACCAGCAAAGCACCAUCACACCUCCUCCAUGCUUCACAGUGGGAACCACACAUGCGGAGAUCAUCAUCCGUUCACCUACUCUGCGUCUCAUAAAGAUGCGGCAGAUGGAACCAAAAAUGUCACAUUUGGACUCAUCAGACCAAAGGACAGAUUUCCACCGGUCUAAUGUCCAUUGCUCGUGUUUCUUGACCCAAGCAAGUCUCUUCUUCUUAUUGGUGUCCUUUAGUAGUAGUUUCUUUGCAGCAAUUUGACCACGAAGGCCUGAUUCACUCAGUCUUCUCUGAACAGUUGAUGUUGAGAUGUGUCUGUUACUUGAACUCUGUGAAGCCUUUAUUUGGGCUUCAAUUUCUGAGGCUGGUAACUAAUGAACUUAUUCUCUGCAGCAGAGGUAACUCUGGGUCUUCCUUUCCUGUGGCGGUCCUCAUGAGAGCCAGUUUCAUCAUAGCGCUUGAUGGUUUUUGCGACCUGCACUUGAAGAAACUUUCAAAGUUCUUGAAAUGUUGCGCAUUGACUGACCUUCAUGUCUUAAAGUAUGAUCGACUGUCAUUUCUCCUUGCUUAUUUGAGCUGUUCUUGCCAUAACAUGGACUUGGUCUUUUACUAAAUAGGGCGAUCUUCUGUAUACCACCGCUACCUUGUCACAACACAACUGAUUGUCUCAAACGCAUUAAGAAGGAAACAAAUUAACGUUUAACAAGGCACACUGGUUAAUUGAAAUACAUUCCAGGUGACUACCUCAUGAAGCUCGUUGAGAGACUGCCAAGAGUGUGCAAAGCUGUCGUCAAGGCAAAGUGUGGAUCCUUUGAAGAAUCUCAAAUGAAAUCAAUUUUGAAUUGUUUAACACUUUUUUUGGUUACUACAUGAUUCCAUAUGUGUUAUUUCACAGUUAUGUCUUCACUAUUAUUCUACAAUGUGGUAAAAAAUAAAGGAAAACCGUUUAAUCAGUAGGUGUGUUCAAACUUUUGACUGGUACUAUUGUGUCUGUGUGUGUGUGUGUGUGUGUGUGUGUGUGUGUGUCUGGAGUUAGACCUAUGAAUAUUAUUUUUAACAUGAAAUGCACUCAUUGAUUGUUAAGCCAUGUCUCUGUCUUUUCCUUCUCAAUGUUAAGCACUUCUCAAUGUUCUUCCCAUGGUCUAUGUCAUGUAUUUGUGCCUGACUAGAUCUACAGCUGCACAUGGUGACCUUACAUGUGUCACCUGAAUAUGUCACCAGCGUCCUAUCUGUUUCCGUUUGUCAAUGAAGUUCAAUAGUUUUCACUUUUAGAAUGCCCAUGAAUCAGGGCCUGUAUUCGUAAAGAGUUUCAGAGUAGGAGUGAUAUCUGCCUGGCUACCAAAACUCCUUGUUCCAGCCAAAUGCUAUGCCAAGCCCACAGACUAUAGUUUGUUCUCUGCAAUGAGUCUGGAUCUGUGUACCUCACUGACGAUUUUUGUAACGCAAACACAUUCUAACUGUUCGGAUUGGUCCCAGAAACCGAUGGGUUGGGCCAGAGCCAAAACAUACCUGGGUAAAGCAGGGUUUUGAAAAUUCAUCAUUGGCUUUGAUAUUCUGAUUGGUUAGAGAUUAUCCAAUUGCUGCUGACUUUUUUUUUUUUUUUUUGUACAACACCCCUCAUUUUGACCUCACUUCAACGAUGGCAGUCUCAGACUGAAGUAUGUAGCGAACCUAAAACAGCGGAAUAUUUCAGUUUGAGUUGUCAGGCAAUGAUGAUAUAGGCUCAGAUUUCCCUUUUUAGAUCCUAAUGAAUAGGAUUAUAUGGACAGAGGGGACCUGAUCCUAGCAUUCCUACUCUGAGACUCUAUUAAUCCACGUCCUGAUCCCUCACAUGAAUUGCAUUAAGUGGCAUUAUGUGUUGUCUUAAAGGGUGUUUGUUGUGCAGAUGUUUUAAAAGCUGUUGCAGUAAUGCAUGACCAUGGACAAAGUGGUGGGAAGCAAAAUAUGUUUGUUUUUUUGUGGAAACGGGGAUGGAUGGGGGGAAGGUAUUCUGUACAUGAUUGGCAGAGCCCACCAUAAACUUUGUUUUUUUUUGGUAGUUCAAUUUCAAAGGACACAUAUAAUAUUCUGGGUGUUCGUUGCUUUUGUUCAGUGUACAUAAAUAGUUCAAAUAUUGAUAAGUAAAGUAACUUUUAUAUUUAACUUGA